CAGGAGGCCUGGGGGGAAGUGCAAGGAGGAGGCAGAGAGCUAAGGGGCUGGGGGAUUCAGCCCUGAAGGGGUACAGAGAAGAGUGUCGGGUCAGAGAGUCCAGGGAAUACCAAGGAACAAAGAGGGGCUCUGCUGGGUCAGAAGGGGAUAUAGAGCAAUGCGGAGUGGAGGGGCAGAGUUGCCAUGGGGGGAAAGGGGCAUGGCUCCAGGGUGUCCCUUGCCCAGAGCCAUGGAGGCGUGGGAAGAGGGGGGCACAGGGUUGGAGGUGGCUUUGUUUGUAGACCAGUAGUUCUGCACCAGCACUCACAGCUGGAGGGGGUUUCGUCUCCCUCCACUCUCUUUUCUCUUUCUUGUUUUUAGGAGUCAGAGUGUAACCACCUUUGCCCACCAGACUGUGGAAUAUGAAAUUGCCCCUGCACAUGGUUAUGAGCUUUAGGGUAUCAGAACUGCAGGUUCUCUUGGGUUUUGCUGGCCGAAACAAGAGUGGAAGGAAGCACGAGUUGCUCACAAAGGCGUUACAGCUGCUCAAAUCUGGCUGCAGCCCGGCUGUUCAGAUGAAAAUAAAGGAGCUGUACCGGCGAAGGUUCCCAAGGAAGAUCUUAACCCCUUCAGACUUAUCCAUGCUCCAUAUUCAGACAGGGCAACUGCCCUCCGCCACUGCACUGACGCAGGGCAGCACGGUGUGUCAUUUGCCCUAUGAUAACAGUUCAGCAGCUUCUACUGUGCCAACGGCUAUGUUGCCUCCGGUGCCUAUGCUGGGACCCAAACAUGAAACAGAUAUUCAGCACUUAUCCCCACCCAUUCAUCCGGUCCAUCCAGAUGUCAAAAUGAAGAGGCUGCCCUUCUACGACAUCUAUGAUGAGCUGAUUAAACCCACCACAUUAGCAUCUACGAACAGCCAGCGGUUUGAAGAGGCGCACUUCACCUUUGCGCUAACACCUCAGCAAGUUCAACAGAUUCUCACCUCUCGAGAUAUCUUACCAGGUGCCAAAUGUGACUACACUGUACAGGUACAAUUAAGGUUUUGCCUGUGUGAAACCAGCUGUCCCCAAGAAGAUUAUUUCCCUCCUAAUUUAUUUGUCAAGGUCAAUGGAAAACUCUGCCCUCUGCCUGGCUAUCUGCCGCCCACUAAAAAUGGUGUGGAGCCAAAGCGACCAAGCCGUCCCAUCAACAUCACUCCUUUGGUGCGGCUUUCGGCAACUGUUCCCAAUACGAUCAUCGUGAAUUGGUCCUCCGAGUUCGGCAGGAACUACUCUCUGUCAGUUUACCUGGUGAAACAGCUGACUUCAGUCACACUGCUACAGAAGCUAAGAGCCAAGGGCAUUCGGAACCCAGACCACUCCCGGGCCCUGAUCAAAGAAAAAUUAACAGCUGAUCCCGACAGCGAGAUAGCGACAACGAGCUUACGGGUUUCUCUCAUGUGUCCGCUGGGUAAGAUGAGGCUAAUAGUGCCCUGCCGAGCCAUUACCUGCACCCACCUCCAGUGCUUUGACGCGGCGCUCUACCUUCAGAUGAACGAGAAGAAACCUACAUGGACCUGCCCUGUGUGUGAUAAGAAAGCCCCCUAUGACAGCCUGAUCAUUGAUGGGUUGUUCAUGGAAAUCCUCAACUCGUGCACAGACUGUGAUGAGAUCCAGUUCAUGGAAGAUGGCUCCUGGUGUCCCAUGAAGCCCAAGAAAGAAAACCAGGAGGUGUGCCCGACAUCUACAUACAAUGGGAUUGAGGCCACCUCCCUUUACGCUGUGGGCUCUGAUGGAAAGCACUCCUUGGAGAGCAAAAAGAAAGUGGAGGUCAUUGACCUCACGCUGGACAGCUCAUCAGAUGAAGAGGAGCCUCCUAUCAAGAAACAGUGCCCUGUCUCCACGGUGGCUAUCCCGUCGGCAGUAGGUCCCAAGGGGGUGUUAAAUGUUGAUCACCAGCCAUCCUCUGUGCUUCGAAGUCCUCCCAUGGCAGCUAUUGGCAGCGACUAUCUCUCCAGCCUCCCAAUCCCUGAAUACCAUCCUUCCUACCAGGUGCCAUCAGAGAUUCAAGGUCUGGAUUUGUUUACCUUCCUUCAAAGUGAAAAUCAGCACUACAGCCCUUCCGUGAUCACGUCCCUGGAUGAACAGGACGCGCUGAGCCAUUUCUUCCAGUACCGAGGCACGUCUACCCAUUUCAUGAACCCUCUGACUCCUAUCAUGGCAGGAUCCCACAACAGCAUCAGCCCUGCCAGCGGCCGCAUCAGCAGUAUUGUCUCCACCAACACGCUGCGGGAGAGCCAUGGGCAUAGCGGGACAAUGAGUAACAGCGCAGCUCUCCCGGGCUGCAGGCCGGACAUCAUUUCCUUAGACUAGCCCCAAGCCCAGGGCAUGCUGGCAUCUUGUUUCCCCCCCAAGGAUGGGAGAGAAAAGCAGAUUUCAGCAGCUGCUGUUGAGCUGGGUUUUUGCCUGGGAUGGAAAGGACCCAACCCAUACCAGGUCUCCUAAGUGUGUCUCUCAGUCAGGGCAACUCCCCUGUUUUGUCCAAUCUUGGAGCCUCACAGGCGUGGCUUUCAGUUCUGCACAUGCUUUCCUGAGCAUACUGGUACUGCUUGCUGGGGGGUGCCGGUGGCCAGCAGGUAAAUGCUGACCUCUGGUUAUCAAGACCAUUUUAAAACUGUGUUUUUAACUCUAUUGUUCGGCAGGAUUCUGCACAAAGAUCCUACAGUGAUAAUCCCCACCUUGGUGCUGUCCUGCUGGAACAGCACCAUCUAGUGGCCAAAGCAGAACUUAGCGGCCAUUCACCCCUGGGGAUCAGAGAAUAUCAAAGCAGGGCCAAUCUUCUGACAGAUUUUUGCCCCAGUUCCCUAAAUGGCCCCUCAAGGAUUGAACUCACAACUCU